GCAAACCUCCAAACACUUGCAUUACACUUUAGCCCAACAACAAUAAAUAUUAUUAUAAUAAUAAUAUAAAAAUCUCCCCGUGAGAAUGUGAUAUAUAUUCAUCAUUCAACAGGGAUUCACAAGCUCUGCUUUGUUUAUCACAAACCCACAUGCAUCUUCCAGAUUCCAUUGAUUUCUAUCCACCCAACUCAUUUUCUUGAUAAAGUUGCCUCAUUUUUUUGCAUAUUCUUGAAUUUCAAGUUACUAAUUUUAUUGAAGCAAAGGAAAAAUGGUGGAUUUUGGGGUGUUGGCUGAUAAAAAAUCUCUGAAAUCAGCAAAAGCGAGCUUUAGGAUUCCAUAUUUUACUCAGUGGGGGCAGAGUCUACUGGUUUGUGGAUCAGAACCAGUUCUUGGUGCUUGGAAUGUCAAAAAAGGUGUUUUGUUGAGCCCUACUCAUCAAGGUGAUGAGCUUAUUUGGGGUGGAACUUUGACGGUUCCAGCAGGAUUUGAUUCGGAGUAUAGCUAUUAUGUGGUGAAUGAUCAGAGGACUGUGCUGCGUUGGGAGGCCGGAAAGAAAAGGAGACUCGUGCUACCAGACGAGGUUCAGGAUGGAGAGGUGGUGGAGUUUCAUGGUCUUUGGCAGGCUGGUUCUGAUGCUCUCCCUUUCAGAAGCGCUUUCAAAAACGUCAUAUUUGGCAAGUGUCUUAGUUUAAAUAGUGAGAUAACACCUGGCAUCAUUCAGAACAAGUUGGAUGGAAAAGAUGGGAUUGUUGUUCAAUUCAAAAUAUGCUGCCCAAAUAUAGAAGAAGAAACCACAGUCUAUGUGAUUGGUAGCUCACUGAAGCUGGGACGAUGGAAAGUUCAAGAUAGUCUUAAACUUAAUUAUGCUGGUGAUUCACUUUGGCAAGCAGACUGUAUCAUGCAAAAGGAUGAUUUUCCUAUAAAAUACAAGUACAGUAAAUACAGCAAAGCAGGAGACUUCUCUCUAGAAACGGGUCCAAAUCGGGAGCUCUUUAUUGACUUCUCAACUAAUCAAGCGAAGUAUGUUGUUCUUUCUGACGGUAUGAUGCGGGAAAUGCCAUGGAGGGGUGCUGGAGUUGCUAUACCGAUGUUCUCUAUCAGAUCAGAGGCUGAUCUUGGAGCUGGAGAAUUUCUUGAUUUAAAGCUACUUGUGGACUGGGCUGUUAAUUCAGGCUUCCAUUUAGUUCAGCUUUUACCUAUUAAUGAUACAUCAGUGAACAUGAUGUGGUGGGAUUCAUAUCCGUACAGCUCACUGUCGGUAUGUGCACUGCAUCCGUUAUAUCUAAGAGUACAAGCACUUUCACAAGAUAUUCCAAAAGAUAUCAAGCAAGAGAUAGAGAUGGCAAGAGGACAGCUAAAUGGAAAGCAUGUGGAUUAUGAGGCCACAUUGGCGAAAAAGCUCUCAAUUGCCAAAAAAAUGUUCAGCCUGGAAAAGGAUGUAAUACUGAACUCAAGUUCCUUCAGUAAAUUCUUUACAGAGAAUGAGGAUUGGUUGAAACCAUAUGCAGCUUUCUGUUUCUUGCGUGAUUUUUUUGGAACAGCAGAUCAUAGCCAGUGGGGCCUCUUCUCUCAUUUUUCAACUGACAAGCUUGAGAAGCUUACGUCAAAGGACAGCUUCCAUUACGAUAUAAUAUGCUUUCACUACUAUAUCCAGUUCCAUCUGCAUAUACAAUUACUUGAAGCUUCAGAAUAUGCAAGAAGGAAGGGAGUUGUGUUGAAAGGUGAUCUUCCUAUAGGCGUGGACCGGAAUAGUGUGGAUACUUGGGUAUAUCCUAGUUUGUUCCGCAUGAAUACCUCUACUGGGGCACCUCCAGACUAUUUUGACAAAAAUGGGCAGAACUGGGGAUUUCCCACUUAUAACUGGGAGGAAAUGUCAAAAGACAACUAUGCUUGGUGGCGAGCUCGUUUGACGCAGAUGGGCAAGUACUUCACAGCUUACCGCAUUGAUCACAUUUUGGGUUUCUUUAGAAUCUGGGAGCUUCCUGAUCAUGCAAUGACAGGCCUGGUUGGAAAAUUCCGCCCCUCUAUCCCUCUUAGUCAGGAAGAGCUUGAAAAAGAGGGAAUAUGGGACUUUGAUCGCUUGAGUCGUCCCUACAUUCUGCAAGAAAACCUGAAGGAAAUAUUUGGGCCAUCUUGGAGUGUUGUAGCUGCUAACUUUAUGAAUGAAUAUCAGAAGAAUUUUUACGAGUUUAAGGAGGACUGCAACACGGAGAGGAAGAUUGCUUCUGCACUAAAAUUGUGUAUGGAGAAGUCAUUGUUCUCGGAGGAUGAAGUUGAACUACGGCGCAAACUUUUUGAUCUUAUGCAGAACAUAGCACUCAUUAAAGAUCCAGAAGAUCCUCGGAAAUUCUAUCCUAGAUUCAAUAUUGAAGAUACAUCAAGUUUCAAAGAUUUAGAUGAGCACAGUAAAAAUGUUUUGAAAAGGCUCUACUAUGACUACUACUUCCAUCGGCAAGAAAAUCUUUGGCGAGAAAAUGCUCUUAAAACUCUCCCAGCCCUUCUAAACUCAUCUGAUAUGCUGGCUUGUGGAGAAGAUCUUGGCCUCAUUCCUUCUUGUGUUCAUCCAGUUAUGCAAGAAUUAGGUUUAAUAGGACUACGCAUUCAACGAAUGCCAAGUGACGCAGGAUUGGAGUUUGGCAUUCCUUCUCAAUAUGAUUAUAUGACGGUAUGUGCUCCAUCAUGCCAUGAUUGCUCCACCCUGCGGGCUUGGUGGGAAGAAGAUGAAGAAAGAAGGUGUCAAUUUUUCAAAACAAUGAUGGGGUCUGAGAAGUUGCCACCUAGCCAGUGUGUCCCUGAAAUUGUAAAUUUUAUCCUGCGGCAACAUGUUGAAUCUCCCUCAAUGUGGGCAAUCUUCCCACUCCAGGAUUUGUUGGCGUUGAGAGAAGAAUACACGACCAGGCCUGCUGUAGAGGAGACUAUCAAUGAUCCUACUAAUCCAAGGCAUUACUGGAGAUUCCGUGUACAUGUGACACUGGAGUCCCUGUUGAAAGAUAAAGAACUCACAAAAGCUAUCAAAGAUCUUGUUCGUGGAAGUGGACGAUCACAUCCACUUUCUGCAGAAGCUGAAUCGAACGUGACUCAACAAGUUCAUUUAGUCUCAGACAAACAAGAAAUCACAGUUGGGCAGGACAAGCUUCCGCUUGCAAACAAGCUUAAUGGAGUACCUGAAACAAAAACCAUACCAGUCCUAUAGACUGUAAGCUGCUGAAAUGGAUGCACGAUGUCACCUAAAAAUGAGGAAGUAUCCGCCAAGUUGAUGAAUUUGUUAAUUUCUUUCUGUUUCUUGCCUUAAAUUAGCAGCGUCUCAGGCAGAUAUAUGCGAAGCAUAGCUUCUAAAAAUAAACGUGUAUUAUUGACUUAAUAUAGAGAAAUAAAGUACAAUUUUUACGACUA